AGCCCUGUGCAGCAUAUAAAGGGAACAGUGGCUGGGCCAGGCACCACAUUCUCUCUCCUCUUCAUCCCAGGCAGGCAGACUCCUUCUCAGCAGCCAUGUCCUUCUCCAGAUCUAGCAUGUCCUACAGCAGCAGCGGUGGUGGAGGUGGAGGUGGCACCAUGUCCAUGAGGUCUGGAGGUGGAGGUGGAAUGGGUAUGGGCUCCUCACGCUUCUCCUCGAUGGGUGGUGGUGGUGGUGGAGGAGGCCGCGUCAUGGCCAUGAGGGCCGGUAGUGUGUAUGGAGGUGCAGGAGGCUCUGGGGUGCGCAUCUCUAGCUCCUCGUUUGGUUCCGGCGGAGGAGGUGGUGGUGGCGGUUAUGGUUUCGGCAUGGGAGGAGGUGGUGGUGGCGGUUAUGGUUUCGGCAUGGGAGGGGGUGGUGGUGGUGGUGGUGGCGGUGGAGCCGACCUCCAUGUGUCUGCCAACGAGAAGGCCACAAUGCAGAACCUGAACGACCGCCUGUCCAACUACUUGGAGAAGGUGCGCUCUCUGGAGGCGGCCAACGCCGAGCUGGAGCUGAAGAUCCGUCAGUUCAUGGAGAGCAAGACGUCCCCCAGCGCUCGCGACUACUCUCGCUUCUACGCUACUAUUGUCGACCUGCAGGACAAGAUCCAGGCUGCCACUUGCUUGAAUGGGGGCAUCUACCUGAACAUCGACAACGCAAAGCUCGCUGCAGACGACUUCAGAACCAAGUAUGAGAACGAGCUGGCCAUGCGUCAGUCAGUGGAGGCGGACAUCGCCGGGAUGAAGAGGAUGCUGGACGAGAUGACCAUGGCCAGAUCUGACCUGGAGAUGCAGAUCGAGGGGCUGAAGGAGGAGCUCAUCUAUCUCAAGAAGAACCAUGAGGAGGAGCUGCUGGCCAUGAGGACACAGAUGACUGGACAGAUCAACGUGGAGGUGGACGCAGCACCACAGGAGGACCUGUCCAGAGUCAUGGCUGAGAUCCGUGAGCAGUACGAGUCCGUUAGUGCCAAGAACCAGCGCGAUCUGGAGUCCUGGUUCCAGACCAAGACAGAGACAUUGAACAAGGAGGUGGCAUCCAGCACAGAGGUUCUCCAGACCUCCAAGUCAGAGAUCUCAGAGAUCCGUCGCACACUGCAGGGCUUGGAAAUCGAACUGCAGUCCCAGCUCAGCAUGAAAGGCUCCCUGGAGAACACGCUGGCGGAGACGGAGGGCCGUUACUCCAUGCAGCUGGGACGCCUCCAGAACCAAGUGACCAGUCUGGAGGAGCAACUACUGUCUCUCCGCAGCGACAUGGAACGCCAGGGCCAGGAGUACAAGAUGCUGCUGGACAUCAAGACACGCCUGGAGAUGGAGAUCGCUGAGUACAGGAGGCUGCUGGACGGAGAGGCUAGCGGCCUCGGCCUCAGCUCCUCGAAAUCUGUCCACAGCUCCUCCAGCUCCGGCCCCAGGUCCUCCACCAAAGGCAAGGUGGUGAUCGUCACAGAGGAAAUGGUGGAUGGCAAGGUUGUUUCCUCAAGUGGAACCAAACACACCACAUAAGGUCCCACACAUGCAGCGAGCACUGCAGCAAGCAACGGGUUAACCCCAUAGAAAUAUAAUUACUAGAAUGGGUAUAUGAAAUGAGAGGCCAGCACAUAGAAUAUUGCUGUUCCCCAGUGCUUUAUUCAUGCAACCUAAAAUACAAUGUUUCAACUUAUAAAAAGUUUUUGUCAAAUAAAUAACAUUGUUAUUUGUUUAGGCCAGCUCUGGUUAACUCCAGUUUAAGAUGUGCAUACCAUCCUCCUAUUCUUUCUAGAAUGGCUAAAGCCCCUCAGACACCCAUCAUGGAUCAUUGACUUGAAUGGGGAUUUAUUUUCUGGUAAUACUAUUUCUAUGGUUAAAACCUCCAGAACAACAUAUUCUACUACAGCUGGAUGGAACACCAACAACAGACCCCAUUGUCAAUGUAAUAAAGAUGCUCUGACUUGCUGACACCAUCA